AUGACGGCAGCAGCAGCCCUGCAUUACUGCGUGUUCCACUCCUGCUGCUGCUGCUCUCUGUGCUGGGCUGCAUGGCUGUGUGCUGAGCACUGUGGUGGGGUCCUUCCAGAGAGUGUGGGAAAUCACUUGUUUACUGAUAAUAAUGAUAAUAAUACAAUUGCUACUGUGUUCAGUACACUGAGCACCGAGAAAAUUAAUCCCGAUGACACCCAUUGGGCUAGGGUGCAUCAAUUUGUGUGGAAAUAUUUAAUCUCUUUCAUUUUUAUACUUUCAGGCAGAGUAUUGCUGUGCACCUCGUGGUGUGUCUCACUCUGCAAUUGUGUGAUUCUGGUAAAUGAUAUCUCUUUUUCUUUUUUGUUUGCUUUCACAUUUUUUGAGAAUGGGGUAACAUAU